AUGACAGAUAAAAGAAAUAGGGUUAGUUGGAAGUCGAAAUUGGUGGACAAAACUUUUUUGGAAGCAUGUAUACAAGAAUUAACAAGCAAUGACCGGGAGGGUAGCGGACUAAAAGCAAGCUCAUGGGUUGUGGUCGCGGAGAAAUUGAAAACAUAUCAUAAUUUUAUUGUCGACAAAAAACAAAUGAAAAACCGAUACGACUAUUUAAAAGAAAAGUAUGCAGUGUGGUUAAAACUUAAAAACAAAACAGGAAAUAUUUAUAAUCCCACGAAUUCUUUUAACAUGACUAAUGAAGAAUGGGAAGCGGAAGCGAAGUUGAACAACUAUGUAGAUAAGCUGAGAAAUGCACCCCUCCCUUGCCCUGAACUUUAUACCCAACUAUUUGACAGGGCGACCUCGACCGGUGUUCACAGUUGGGGGCCAUCUUCGACAUUACCUCAUCCCAAUGAAACCUUCAGUACACAUGAUUUUGAGGAUACAGAGAAGGAUGAGCCAGCACCUCAUGCAGAUACCCCAAGCUCAACAGUACCUCAACCUACUAGUGAGGAAUCAUCUGGGCGGACAAAAAACAAGGGGGGAAAAUGA